GAUAACGCCAGUGGGAGAGAGCCAGUGAGAGAUGGAUAAGUGGAGAGGUAAGGUAGCGCUAGUGACGGGGGCUGCUGCUGGGAUAGGGGCUGCCAUAGCCACCCGACUGGUGGAGCAGGGGAUGAUUGUGGUGGGGUUGGAUGUACAAGAGGACCGGCUUAAGGCAAAUGCAGAGGAUUUAUCCAAACGCAACGCUCCUGGAAAACUGCAUCCCUUCAAAGCUAACCUCAGGAAGGAGGAAGAGAUCUUGGCAGCCUUUGACUGGAUAGAGAAGAAUCUGGGAGGUGCUGACGUCCUGGUGAACAACGCCGGACUUCCUGGACUCCUGACCAAGAGCUAUGUUCUAGAUGGAACUACAGAAAACUGGAGGGAACUGUUUGACGUGAACGUGAUUGCUGUUGGUAUCUGCACCAGAGAGUAUCUGCAGUCGAUGAAGAGGCGCAACAAUCAGCAGGGUCACAUCAUCAUUAUUAACAGUGUUGCAGCGCACGCAGUUCACUACUCCUGGGGUGCCAUGUACUAUGCUUCCAAACACGGGGUGAAGGCGUUCGCGAUGAUUCUGAGGAGAGAACUUGCGGAGAGUGGCAGCACCAUCAAAGUCACGAGUAUCGGCCCAGGCAGAACUAGGACCGAGAUCGGUGGAAAUCUUCUGAUAGCCAGCGAGAACGCCAUGGAACCCACAGACGUAGCCAAGACAGUUGUGGAUGCCCUUUCCGCGUCUCCUGUUUCUCAAAUUUGUGAAAUUGUCAUGACUCCAGUCCCUACAAAAUCUUCUAUUUACUGAAGUUCUCCUUAAAACCAAAUUAUAUUGUUAGCAUAAUUAAUUAAAUGUGAAAGUGAUAUAAUUUAUAA